UCACCUGCUCCCGGCAGGCCUCCAGUUCCGUCCAGGGUACGCCUCCAUAGUCCACACUCCCCAACGGCAUCAGCGCCACGCCGCCACGGCCAUCACUGCCCCCUCACCGCGCCGUGCUGCGCGCCGCCUCAACGGCGACGGUGGUUCGUCUCAUCUCCUAGUCCUACCCGUGCAUUCACCGGCGUUGGCUACGCACCAUCGCAUGGGUCGCUUCCUGCUCUUGCCGGCUUUAGCCUUUGUAGUUGCGUCCGCGUGGGCCCCGGUCACCUUCGGCGACCCGCAGGCCACGCUGCUCAACCUGGGAUGCAGCCAGUACAACGCCACGCCCGCGUCCGCCUUCAUCGCCGCCCUCAACUCCACAUUCGCCAGCCUCCGCGCCAACCUCUCCGCUGCAGGCAGCGGCGGCUUCGCCACCGCCGCGGAGCCGCGCGCCGCCGCCCCGGCGUUCGCGAUGGCGCAGUGCCGCCCGUACGUCGCGGGCCGUGACUGUGUCGCCUGCUUCGACGCGGCCGCCGCGCGCCUCCGCGCCUCCUGCAGCGCCGCCGCCAACGGCGGGCGCGCCAUCCUCGACGGCUGCAUGCUCCGGUACGAGAGCGCGGCCUUCUUCGACCAGUCCACGCUCCCGGGCAACACGCAGGUCUGCAACGGCUCCGCCGUGGAAGCCGGCGGCUUCGCGGACGCGGCGCGGGCGCUGGUUGCCGACCUCGCGGCGGCGGUGCCUCGCGUCCCUGGGCUCGCCGCGGCGGCCGCGAGCGGCGGCGUGUACGCGGCGGCGCAGUGCGUGGAGACGGUCGGGGAAGGCGGUUGCGCGCAGUGCCUCAACGUGGCGGUGGCGAACAUCGAUGGGUGCCCACCCAACUCCGACGGCCGUGCCGUGGACGCCGGUUGCUUCAUGAGAUACUCUGAUAAGUCUUUCUUCCCAGCGAACUCGACCGUGGACCUCGCCGUAUAUUUGCGCUCCGGGAAAUCGAGCCACAAAGGAGCUAUCAUAGGAGGCAUUAUUGGAGGUGUAGCCUUCCUGUUUCUUGUUGGCCUGUUGACUUUGUUAUUGGUACGGCGUUCUAGAAAGACAAAGCCUCGUAAAGGAGAUAUACUUGGCGCAACAGAAUUACAAGGUCCAACAAGUUUCUACUAUCAUGAUCUUAAGGCUGCAACCAAUAAUUUCAAUGAGAAAAGUAAACUCGGCGAAGGAGGUUUUGGAGAUGUAUAUAAGGGUUUGCUGAAAAAUGGGAAAACAGUUGCAGUAAAAAGGUUAAUAGUAAUGGAAACUAGCCGGGCCAAAGCUGAUUUUGAAAGUGAAGUGAGGUUGAUCAGCAAUGUUCAUCAUCGGAAUCUUGUCCGGCUUCUUGGUUGUUCUCGGAAGGGCUCUGAGUUCUUACUUGUCUAUGAAUACAUGGCAAAUGGCAGCCUGGACAAGUUCCUCUUCGGUGAUAGACGUGGAACCCUCAAUUGGAGGCAGAGAUUUAACAUUAUUGUUGGCAUGGCUCGUGGUCUUGCUUACCUUCAUCAAGAGUUUCAUGUCUGUAUCAUACACCGUGAUAUUAAAUCUAGCAAUGUUCUUCUUGAUGAUGACUUUCAGCCUAAAAUCGCUGAUUUUGGUUUGGCGAGGCUUCUACCUGAUGAUCACAGUCAUUUGAGUACAAAAUUUGCAGGAACAUUGGGUUACACUGCUCCUGAGUAUGCAAUUCAUGGCCAACUAUCAGAGAAGGUUGACACAUACAGCUUUGGUGUUGUUGUCUUGGAAAUAUUAAGUGGUCGGAAGAGCAAUGAUACAAGGCUUGAGCCUGAAACACAAUACCUGCUUGAAUGGGCCUGGAAGCUAUAUGAAACUGACAACUUAAUGGCCUUGCUGGAUGAGUCACUAGAUCCUGAAGAAUAUAGACCGGAUGAGGUAAAAAGGAUAAUGGACAUAGCCCUUCUCUGCACUCAAUCAGCUGUUGCUGCAAGGCCAAUGAUGUCAGAAGUGGUUGUGAUGUUGUUGACAAAAAAUGAUCCAGAGAUCCAGCCCACAAGGCCCACUUUUAUUGAUGCAACAAGUAGAGUGCGAGGCGAAACAUCCUCCUCCAGUUCAUCUUCUGCCUCGAAGGCGACCAUAUCAGUUUCUCAGUUCUCGGCCAGGUAAAAAGCACUGUAUGUGACUUUCCCUCUUUUUUCUGUAGUAACAACAUUUGUAAUCUGUAUAUGUACAUAUAGGAUAUAUCUAUAUAGCAGGGAGUGACUGAUUACUUCUCAGCAUAUAUAUGACAGCAGUGUAAAUCAUUUGAAACUCCCCUUUUGUUCUUGUACUAUGUAAUGUGGUUCACAUGCAUGUUUUAUAUAUGUACUUUCUACAGAUGCAUUUGUCUAUCCGAGAG